CUUUUAUUUACUGGAAAAGGAUGAGCCAUUAUUUCCAUUCUCUACUCCUGUGGUAAGCUCAGUCUUAUAUCGUCCCUGCUUUAAGCUGAUUUGACCCACAUUUUGAACUGCAGUUGACCAUGGUGCGCAAUGUGGAUGACCUGGACUUCUGCCUGCCCUCCCAUCCACAGAGCAUUCUGGAGGGCUUGCGCUCCUUCUGCUCCGACCCCAAACUGGUGGAUGUAACACUGAGCGCAGGAGGUCGGGACUUCCCCUGUCACCGUGGCGUGUUGGCGCUCUGCAGCACGUACUUCCACAGCAUGUUCUCAGGGGACUUUGUGGAGAGCAUAGCUGCGCGUGUCGAGCUUCAUGAUGUCGAUCCUGAUAUACUCAGCUGCUUGCUGGACUUUGCAUACACAGGCAAACUGACCAUCAACCAGAGCAACGUGGAGGGUCUGAUCUGCAACUCCAGCCAACUGCAGUUCCAGACGGUGAGAGGCGUGUGCAGCCGGUACCUUCAGCAUCAGAUUGAUGCCACCAACUGUCUGGGAAUCCUGGAGUUUGGAGAUAUCCAUGGCUGCCCCGAGGUAAUGGCCAAAGCGUGGGCCUUCCUCUUGGAGAACUUUGAAGCUGUGCAACAAUGUGAGGAGUUUCUCCUGUUGGCGAAGGAGAGGUUGGUUGCCUGCCUGUCCGACGAAGGACUACAAAUCCGGACAGAGUGCACCCGUGUGGAGGCCAUUCUGAAAUGGGCCAGGCACCACAAGGAGUCCCGGCUCUCCGACCUCCCUGAACUCCUCACUCUGUCCCGUCUCCCGCUGCUCAGCCUGGACUACCUGACAGACACCCUGCUGAAGGACAGUCUGGUGCAGGGCUCCCCAAGCUGCAGAGAGGCUGUGGAAAAAGUCCAAAGAGAGAAAAUGGAUUUGGCACCAAAACACACAGACAGUCUCAGUUCUAAGAGUCCACAACCAAACCUGCAAGAGGUGCUGCUGGUGAUGGGAGGUCGUUCUCUGGAUGACUCGGAUGAUGAGGAGGACUCAGAUGAUGAGGACAGAGACCCGAGACUGCAAAGAUUACUCCCCAGGAAUUUUGCUUUCUACAACACAACGACAAAACAGUGGCAUGAGCUCCCUCAUUUUCCUAAUCCUAACAAGUGGGGUUACGCCAUGGUCUCCUUAAACAAUGAUGUGUACGUCACAGGGGGCUCGCGUGGUUCGAAUACCAACACCUGGUCGACCACAGAGACCUGGAAGUUCAUCACAAAAGAGGGGAGGUGGGUUACUGUGGCUCCCAUGCUCCGGCCUCGGACUAACCACACUUCUGCAACACUCAACGGGGAGAUUUACGUCAUUGGAGGUACAACUUCAAAUAGGGUUGAGGUUGAGCAUUACGACCCUUACAACGACACCUGGGCAUUGACCUGCCCCGCCCUGAAAUAUGUGACUAACUUCACUGCCACGGCGUGUCAUGGGAAGCUCUACGUGAUUGGCUCCUGUGCUAUGAAAUAUAACGCUUUGGCCAUGCAGUGUUACAACCCUGUUAUAGAUAGCUGGACCAGCAUAUGUUCGCCCUUCAUCCCUAAGUAUUUGUCCUCUCCUCGUUCUGUCUGUAUGGAUGGAACUAUUUAUCUGGUUGCUGACAACACUAAGAAAGUCUACUCUUAUGAUCCAGAGGCGAACAUGUGGCAGAAGAUCCAGCUUCUCCACAUGCUCCAUGAAAAUGGCGGCCUGGUGACACUGGAUGGGAGGCUUUUUGUUACUGGAGGCCAUUGGAAAGGGAUGGAGGGGGACUAUGGGGUGGAAGUUGAGGUUUACAACCGAACAACCGACACCUGGGAGGUGGAGAGCUACCUCCCGAGACUUUGGUUCUACAGUGGAGUCUGCACCACCUUCCUUGAUCCAUCCCAGUGGACUGAGCUUUUCAGCAUAGACUCAACAUAAUGGCCUCCUCUCCUGAUGGGACAAAAACACCAGGUUGAGGAGUUCACAGAGACACAGACCUGUUCCAAUCAUAUCUAUGUGACGAUGCAAAUGGAAUGUUUAUCCCAGGAUGUCAUUGUGCCAAUAGGUGCUACAUGAUCCUCAGGUAUUCUGGGUUGUUUUUAUGGCCUUGCUUGGCUGCUCAGCAGCUGUUUAUUUAUACUUUGUAGGCCUAUCAUGUGUUUGAGGUGUUGAAUGGUGUUCUUCAACCACAAAAUCUUUGCAGAGUGAGUAUUAUUAUUAUUUGUUGUAGAUCAUGGGUUUGCAACUAAUUAUUAAUCAAAUGUGUUGCAUAAAACUGGCCGACAACCAGCUGUAAAUCAUUUUCGGUAAAACACUGUUUACUUUGCAUACAUAUAGUGCCUUUCUUAACAUUAACCCAUCGGAAUCCAGCAGCUUGGCUCGUGGCGUCUGUGCUGCCAUGGAAACACCCAAGCCAGCAUUCUAUUUCUAUGGCAACUGCCCGUAAGCGCCUGGUAAACAUGGCAACAUCGACAGGGAUCAGCAGUCACUCCUAAAGUAUCUUGGCUUUAAAAAAGUGUUGACAGUGAUUUCUUUAUUACUCUCUAACGUUACCUUUUUGUACAGGUACAAGUUGUUUAUUUAUUUCUUAUUACUUUACUGAAACGAGAUGCUAGGUUGGUGCUUUUUGUUAUUUAUUCACCGUUUGACUUACUCUCUCUCCAGCCUCAGUUAACUUAAAGCAACGUUACAGCAAGGUUUCUGUUUCGUCAAAUGAAGCCAUUCACUUUAGCCUGCUAGCUAACAUUCUUUAAUUGAAGCUGUGCCAGUUUAGCAAUGACUUCUGAACGGGAGCAGGGUGCACACUCUGGACUGGAGGCUGUGAUUCAGGUUGGUAACAUUACUGUUACGCCUUUCAUGUUUUAACCAUAGGUUUUAACAGGCUUUAUGUCGACGUAGGAAAAGCAAACGUUUUGAAAAUGUAAUAGCUGCGUUCAAUUUAUGCUAGCUGCUAGUUUAUAUAUAUAUAUAAAUGUGUUAAUGUUGGCUCACUGUCAUGGUGGUUAUUAGAAACAUAUCUACUACAGGUACAGUGUCUGUCAUUAUCCAGAGUCAGGUCAAGUUAAAGUAUCUGCUGUGAAAAAGGCCUUUGAAAACAGUCUAGAAGUUACAAGGUAAAGAGAGGUAAAAAUGCAUCAGUGCCCCCCUCGUAUCCACUAAUACCUACUUCCAUGUUUUAUCAGUCUAUUUGAGCAAAGGUGUUGCUAAUUAAUGCAAUUAAAAGAUGGCUGAAUUUCAUGUAUGCUAAGCUGCUAAUCUUAAUGUUAAUGCUGGCUCUUUGUCACAGUGCCGGUUGUAAGUAAUACCUUCAACAGGUACGGUAUACCAAGUCAAAACUGUACCAUUUUAAAACAAUUUUGAAUGAAAAAGAUAGCAAUAAAACGGUCUAAUAAUGUGAAGCAUUAGCAGCUCGUGUCUGCUUUUACGUCUUACAUGUAAGGCUAUUUUCACAAAUGUUUGGCUAAUAAAUGCAAUUAAAGAUGGCUGAAUUGCAUUUAUGCUAGCUACUAUUCUCAUAUAGUGUUUUCAGGCUUACUAUCACAGUGUCAUUUUUGUUAUUAAAAAGGUAGUACCUUUUUGGAAAUAAUGUGUAACAAUUGA